CCAUUUCCAGGCGCCCCAGGCCCUGAGGUGGGUCGGUCGGCAGCGGACACCCUCCCCUUUCUACCCUGAGGUACCCGGCUUGGUGGGCCCAGGAUGUUCCCGUCCAAUGGCGGAGUGGUGCGGACAACGCCUAUGAAGUCCGUAGUCCUUCUAGUCGCGCUGUUGCUAUGGCCUGCGUCCGCGCGGGCGUUUCCGGCAUCCCGGAGCUUAACUGUGUCACCUAAUGAAGAACGAAACUUGAAUCAUUAUGUGCAAGUUUUAGAGAACCUAAUACUGAGGGUUCCCACGAAGGAACCAGACGGGGAGAAAAAAUCAGUGUCUCCAAACCAUGUCUAUUCUCCAGAUCUGCCCGUGUCAAGACCUAAGGCACUCAGCACUCUCAGAGACGCUCUAACUGAGAACACUGAUCCCACCAAUGGACACAGUACAGCUUUCCCUGCUACAGGCCCCACACAGGGGCCAGAGAGCAAGAAACCUACCGAAAGCAUGGCCUUCUGGUCGAUCAGACCCAACAAUGUUUCUAUUGUUUUGCACACAGAAGAACCUUAUAUUGAAAAGGAACCAGAGCCAGAGCCUGUUAUGAAACACACCGAGGCCCCCAGAUCGUCCCCGUUCACCACCAGGUCCUCCACGAGUCCUCCUGUCAUCACCACACCUUCAAGCACAGACCUGGAGAUGUCUACAGAGUCUGAAGAUGUUCCCCAACUCUGGGGCGAGAACCUCGAAGAGUCAACUGAGCAUCAUUCACAGGCUAUGAAUAAUGAUGACAUUUUGAGAAAAAUCUCAUGUAUCCACUCCCAGCUGCAACAGCCAUCCCUGAAUGACAAGAACGAUCCAGAGUAUAAAGUGGAGAUUGAGGCCUUUAUGGAGAACUUGAAAGGAAGUCUUGCUCUGGCAACAGCAGCAGAGCACAGAUUAGAAAAGAUGUAUAAAUCCCAUGUCUUUUCAGAAGGACAAACCAGUGAGAGGACUUAUGACAUUGAAACUGUUAUUAACAUGCUAUAUAAUUCUAGAUGUAAAUUAUCAAAAUAUUUAGAUAUUAAAUAUGUUCCACCAGAGAUGAGAGAAAAGGCAACCACAGUAUUCAAUACUUUGAAAAACAUAUUAUGGGUAGGUCAAGAAGACACUAAAAACCUUAUUAAGAAGUUAUUAAGAAACAAUAGGAAGGGCCGGGGAUUUAGAUCAGUGGUUUCGCCGCCUGCUGUGCAGGCACAAGGACCAGAGUUCGAUCCCCGGUACCAAAAAAACCCAAACAAUAUAAAAAUGUUGAGCCUGCUUGAUACUCCAUGACAAUAUUAAUUUAAGCAAACUGCAUUCAUUCACAGGAAAACAAGCAUAUUAAUGAUUUCUAGAGUUGUAUAUUUUCUUAUGUAGUUCAGUGUACUAACAUCUUUAUAUGCCAUAUGUAAUGAAAAUUUUUAU